AUGACAGACAGCACAAGCAACAGCGGCAGCAGCAGCCAUAGUCAGCGCAGCCGCGCUCCACCAGCGCCUGAUCGUCGUGGAUCCCUCACUCCUGGUGUCUUCGCGGAAGAGCCGCCGACAUUACCACCAGCAGCAGAUCGCUCCUCAGCAACUCAGCCUUCGCACGACUCCACCAACACCGCUGCCACCGCCUCCUCAUCAUCUCCUACUGCUAAAGCUAACGCUACCGCUGCUGCUUCUGCACCUUCAUCAUCAUCACAGCAAUCCAGCGUCGACUACUUCAAGAGCGCUGCUCCAUUGCAAAACGGCUCGACGGCUGAUGUGGAUUCGGCGUCCGCUCAGCCCCGCACCAGCCACACUCCCGACACCCUCCAGCUGCAGAGGGAAAGCCAGAAGGCCGAAUCGGACAUCAUCUCGGCGUCUCUUUCUACAUCACAGUCACACUCCAGCAACACCAACAAUAACACCGCUGGUGCUGGUGCUGCUGAUCCAUCGCCAUUGACAGGCAACCCAGACCAAGAUUUGGUCGCCUCUCCCAAAUCGCUCGCCCCUCCCAACAGCAUCUCGAUGCGUCCAGACGGCAUCGGCGGUAUGGGUCUGGGAACCGCUGCCACAGGUGACCUCGGUGCACAGGCCGAGUUCGAAACCCUCGAUGAUAUGCGCAAGGUCGUCAAGGAUCUCGAGGACGAUUUCAACGCAAGGCAUCCCGAAAAGCCCCUCAGCGGGCGCAUCAUCCACGUCAGCCACUACAUCCCCUUCGAGAUUCGUCCGCUCGCAGAGGUCGACUUUGAACGUCAACGCGAGGAGAGGAUAGCUGCCACCGCCAGCGUCGCUGCCAUGGCGGCAGCUGCCCGUGCGCGCAGAGCGGCCAAGCAGGCUGCAGAGGCCGAAAAGCGCGACAUGGAGGCGCAGCGCGAACUUCAGCGUCAGGCCGGGCUGCAGGAGAUCGUAUCGCGCAAGAACAGCUUCCGUGCCGCCUCGCGCAGAUCGUCUUUUGCUCCCGGAUUCGGCAUGACCGAGCUCGAGGGUCAGGAUUUCGAAGCACGACUGCGAGAGAACCAGGAGCGUGCCAAGCGCAAAGCAGGUCGUCGAGCUUGGAUGAUGACCGAAGUCGUCGACGACACGAGCGAGUGCUCGGAAGAGGACCGGUUCACCCCCGUCGGAUCCCGCAGAGGUUCCACGUGGUCCACGGCAAGUCGUGCAAGCUUCAGCAGCUUCAACCAAGAGCCAUGGAGGCAGUGGGGCAGCACCAGCGACGCAAACAGCCCCUUUGCCGAAUCGCCCCCCGUGGCGCCGCCGCCGCCGCAGUGGGUGCUCACCGCACGUCGUGGACAUACCGCCCUCAACAGCGGUAUCCGCAGUCUAUGCAGCACCCAUCGCCAGACCUUUAUUGGAUGGCCGGGUGACGUUCACUUUGCCGCGCAGGCGCGCAACGACCAUCGGAGUGAUCCUUCCGAGACGACCGAUGCCGAGAAACGCGAGAUCGAAGAGGUACUUGCUUCGCUCGACAAGGCGAGCGCGUGGGUCCCGCAGCAGGCUCCUGUUGCUGGUGCUCCCGUCGACCCUGAAUCCAAUCAGCCGCCGGUGAGCAAAGUCCCUGUUCCUGUCAUGAACGGCGCCGAGCCCAUCGGUUCAGGAGAUCCAGCUGCGCGUACCAACGGCACCCGGGUGGAGGGCAAGGCUGCUGCCGCCGCAGCCACUGCCGCAGCCACUACCGCGCACAACAGCCUUUCCGCCGCCGCCAAGAACGACGUAGGCGAUCGCGAGCACGGCAUCAAGUACGUGCCUGUCUGGCUUGACUACAACGUCGCACACGGACACUACGAAGGCUACUGCAAGGCGACGCUCUGGCCUCUGUUCCACUACUUGCUCUGGCAGGACGUCAACUCGGAGCGUCGCGCUUGGGAAGAGUACAGCUGGGACGCCUACUACGCCGCCAACGAGGCAUUUGCCAAACGUAUCGCCCAAGAAUACAAGCCUGGCGACCUAGUGUGGAUCCACGACUACCAUCUCUUGCUUGUGCCGCUCAUGCUGCGCAAGCUCGUCCCCGAUGCAGUCAUUGGGCUGUUUGUGCACGCUCCGUUCCCGAGUAGCGAAGUGUUCCGAUGCCUGCCCAAGCGCAAGGAGAUCCUCGAGGGAAUGCUCGGCGCUGACCUUGCCUGUUUCCAGGCUUUCAGCUACUCGCGCCACUUUUUGUCGUCGUGCAUCCGUGUUUGUGGUUACGAGGCUUCGUCCAAUGCCGUCGAGUCGGCCAACGGCCACGUCACCAACAUCACCUACAACCCCAUUGGCAUCGACUCGGUCAAGAUUGCCAAGGACAGCUCGUCCGAGGGCGUGCUGCCCAAGAUCCAAGCCAUUCGAGAGAUGUACAAGGGCAAGAAGAUCCUCGUGGGUAGGGACAAGUUGGACGUGGUUCGUGGUGUGGUGCAGAAGCUGCAGGCCUUCCACAAGUUCCUCGCCGAGUAUCCCGAAUGGCGCAACAAGGUGGUGCUCAUCCAGGUCACUGCGCCUGCGCUGAACGACUCACCCAAGCUCGAGAGGCAGGUGUCGGAGCUCGUCUCGCACAUCAACGGCGAGUUCGGCUCGCUCAGCUUCACGCCCGUUCACCACUACCAUCAGAUCAUCGAUAGGGACGAGUACUUUGCGCUGCUCUCGGUCGCCGAUCUGGCCCUCAUCACCUCGGUGCGAGACGGCAUGAACACCACAUCGAUGGAGUACAUCAUCUGCCAGGACCGCUUCAACAAGAGCCCCCUCAUUCUGUCGGAAUUCACCGGCACGGCAGGUCGGAUGCGCUCGGCCAUCCAGGUGAAUCCUUGGAACAUCUUCGGCGUGGCCAAGGCGAUCGACUAUGCGCUUCGCCUCACCGAUGAGGAGAAGCGGGCGAGGCAUGACCAGCUGUACCAUCAGGUGGUGAUGCACACAUCGCACACGUGGGCGGCGGGUCUUGUGAAGCAGCUGCUGACGCGUCUUCAUAACGAGCAUUCGGCACAUCUGACGCCACCGCUGGAUCGCAGGGAGAUGGUCAACAAGUACCGCAACGCCAAGAAGCGCCUCUUGCUGCUCGACUACGAUGGAACGCUGACGCCGAUCGUCAAGGUGCCGGAGAUGGCGCUGCCUUCCGAGAGGCUGCUCAAGGCGCUCGAGGUGCUGUCGAAGGACGAGAGGAACAUCUUCUACAUCAUCUCUGGGCGCGAUGCCGGGUUUUUGGGCAAGCAUCUCGGACACUUCCGCGGGAUUGGCUUUUCGGCGGAGCACGGUGGAUUUGUAAAGGAGCCCGGUGAGGACGAGUACAAGAACCUCACGGAAACGCUCGACAUGACGUGGAUGAAGGACAUCCGCAGCGUGUUUGAAUACUACACGGAACGCACUGCGGGCAGUUUCAUCGAGCAGAAGAAGAGCGCAGUUACGUGGCACUACCGUGGCGCCGAUCCUGACUUUGGCUCGUUCCAGGCGAAAGAAUGCCAGGCGCACUUGGAGAACCUCACCUCGCAGAACAAGCUGGCGAUCGAGGUGCUGGUGGGUAAAAAGAACCUCGAGGUUCGUCCGCUGGCCAUCAACAAGGGCGAGAUCGUCAAGCGCAUCUUGUACGAUCAUCCGGAUGCCGAGUUCGUGUUUUGCGCCGGAGACGACAAGACCGACGAAGACAUGUUCCGCACGCUCUCGAGCUUGACGCCCUUCUCGCCCGAGGCAGAUGGGCCGUCGGACAAGACAACGCUGGCGCCCGUGCCGGCCCGCAUCGACAUAGCGCGCGAAGUACCCAAGGACCAGCCGCUGUUCAUCUCGCCCCCAGCCCCGCUCAAGUCCGGUACCCCCGUCGGCAGUCCCAAGAAGCUCAAGCUGACCAGGAGUGGCAUCUACACAACCAUGAUCGGGCCGAACAACCGCAAGACGCUCGCCGAAUGGCAUGUCGACAGCUGCGAGCGCAUCAUUGAUUCGUUGGCCGAGAUGGCCGGGAUUGCGAAUGUCGAGGACGAUGCUCCAAGCGAGAGCCAGGGGAAAGUGCAGAGUGAGGGUGAGACACUGGAGGGGUGA